GGCGCGGGGAGAGGCGGGGCGCGGCCACCAGGUGGCUCGGGCCCCUGUGGUGAUCUCUGUUUACCGGAGAGAGCGGUCCAAGUUGGGCUCCAUCUCCGCGCUGGCUAGCUGCUCCGCAGAACCCUGCCUGCCGGAAAGUGCGGAGAAAAUCCGGCCGAACCCACCUUCGCCCUUUCCCUACCCCCAACGCGGGGAGAGGUCGGGUAAGAGAAAGAGGAUUUGGGAAGGAUGAGCCUCUGGCCUGGGAGAUCCUGCUGCCCCCCAUCCCAGGACCUCACGCGCACCCAGGACUUCUAUCCCUAGGCCUGGUUCCCGCGCCCAUGCUCCGGGCGACGUGCCCACCCUGGGCGAGCAGCCCGAGGCUGGAUCUCAGGGACGUCAGCUCCCUAGCGGAGGCCCAGGCGUGGAGACUUGAUUCACAGGUGUUUCCCCACCCCAGCAGACGGCGAUGACCCCCAAGCCGGCCGGACCCCCGGACGGGGGCUGGGGCUGGGUGGUGGCGGCCGCAGCAUUCGCCGUGAACGGGCUCUCCUACGGGCUCUUACGCUCCCUGGGCCUUGCCCUCCCCGACCUCGCGGAGCACUUUGAACGAAGCGCCCAGGACACUGCGUGGGUCAGCGCCCUGGCCUUGGCCGUGCAGCAGGCAGCCAGCCCAGUGGGCAGCGCCCUGAGCACUCGCUGGGGGGCACGCCCCGUGGUGAUGGUUGGGGGAGUCCUAACCUCGCUUGGCUUGGUCUUCUCGGCUUUCGCCCGAAGCCUCCUGCAUCUCUACCUCGGCCUGGGCCUCCUCGCUGGCUCUGGCUGGGCCCUGGUGUUCGCCCCAGCCCUGGGUACCCUCUCUCGGUACUUCUCCCGCCGUCGGGUCUUGGCGGUAGGGUUGGCGCUCACCGGUAAUGGGGCAUCCUCGCUGCUCCUGGCACCUGCCUUGCAGUUCCUCCUUGACACUUUCGGCUGGCGGGGUGCCUUGCUCCUCCUUGGCGCUGUCACCCUUCACCUCACACCCUGUGGCGCCUUGCUACGACCUUUAGCUCUCUCUGGUGACCCGCUGGCCCCACCUCGCACCCCGCUAGCUGCCCUCGGCCUAGGUCUGUUCAAGCGCCGGGCCUUUUCAGUCUUCGCUUUGGGCACCGCCUUGAUCGGGGGUGGAUACUUCGUCCCCUACGUGCAUUUGGGUCCUCACGCUUUAGAUCAGGGCAUGGGUGGUUACGGGGCAGCGUUGGUGGUGGCUGUCGCUGCAGUGGGAGAUGCCUGUGCCCGAUUGGUCAGUGGAUGGCUGGCAGACCAGGGCUGGGUGCCCCUUCCACGUCUUCUGGUGGUGUUUGGGUCUCUGACUGGAUUAGGGGUACUGGCGGUGGGACUAGUGCCCACUGUGGGGUCGGAGGAGGGUUGGGGGGCUCCUCUGCUAACCGCUGCUGGGGCCUAUGGCCUGAGCGCCGGGAGUUAUGCCCCACUGGUUUUUGGUGUGCUCCCGGGGCUGGUGGGCAUUGGAGGUGUGGUGCAGGCCACAGGACUGGUGAUGAUGCUGAUGAGCCUCGGGGGACUCCUGGGCCCUCCUCUGUCAGGCUUCCUAAGGGAUAAGACGGGAGACUUCAGUGCCUCUUUCCUGGUGUGCAGCUCUUUCAUCCUCUCUGGCAGCUUCAUCUACAUGGGGCUGCCGAGAGCCCUCCCCUCCUGCCGUCCAGCCUCACCUCCAGCAACCCCUCCACCUGAGAGAGGGGAGCUGCUCCCAGUUCCACAAGUCUCCCUGCUCUCUGCGGGGGGCGCUGGCUCCAUCCGGGAUACGACUUGUUGAUCCUUUUUUUGGUUGUCCCCUUCCCUAAUAAAGAAUUUUUAUCUUACCCUA